AUGAGUGAGGCUAAGGGGAUUGGAGUCAUUCAAAUCAACUUGAAUAAUAGUUGGACGGCCCAGCAGCUACUCCUGCAGACGAUGGCUGAGCGUGGAUCGCGCGUUGCAGUCCUGUCCGAAUACAACCGGCCGAUGGGUGACUCCGAUCACUGGGCCGAAAGCCUGGACAGAAAAUGCGCCGUGUUUGCACCUAACUCCUCGGACGUUACCUUGGCCGAGCAAGGAGCGGGCGUAGGCUUCGUCUGGGUAUGGCUGGACGAUGUACUGUUGUACAGUUGCUAUUGCACUCCAAACUGCUCAAUUCAAGAAUAUGACCUGUUCCUGGGCGGCUUGGAGCCUUCGAUCGCGCAUCAGCAAAGAGCACCAGUGAAUCUGGUUGUUGCAGGGGACUUUAAUUCUCAUUCCCCGGAAUGGGGCUCAGCUAGGUUAAAUACUAGAGGAUCUAUGCUGUCGGACUUCGCUACGUCGCUGGGUCUCACAGUAUGCAACGUCGGCUCUAGGCCUACCUUCAGCCGGGUUAACGCAGCCUAA